AUGUGCCGGGCAGUUGCUGACGUAGGAGGUCAGCACUUGUAUGGCUCCCUACUGGACAAGUUCGAAGCCACCUGCCAAAGCUUGCUUUUCAAAGUGGCCAACGAAGUGCCGGAACUCGAUCGGCUUUCUGAGAGAGUUGACCUGUCGCUGAGAUCGUUUAAUCGCACCCGCACGCAUCUGGGCCAAAUCUGCCAGUCUCUCAUUGCUGGCUACUUCUUCCAAGCCUCUGGCUUCCGAUGGUUCGAGGUGAACGGAACAGGAAAGCUCGUCCAUUGCAACUCGUAUGGUUGCAUUCGGGAUCAUGACGGGCCCGACGACGAGCUUUGCUGCAAGCUGCAACAAGUCUUGGAAGAUGCGCCGGAAGCUUUUUGGCUCACUGCCAGCGAGGACCGCCCUCGGGACACCGACUGGAGGGGGCACAAGGUCGAAGCAGCCUGCAGCUUUGAGCACGACCUGGAAGGUCCACUUGGCAGGCAUUUGAUAUCUGCGGAAGUGGCCGAGCGCUGCAAGCAGGGGCUGGAAUUCUGGGGAGUCUCCGACUCGAGCUGCACUGCUUUGAAGUGUGCAGUGGGCUUCACUUACUACUACUUCGGCCUGGCGGAGAUCCUCGCCAGCCGCUCCACAGCCGCGAUGUUUGCCUUGGCCAGCGACAACUACUCAGAGGAGUUUGCACGUUGUCGCCAGUUUCUUCAAGGUCAUCGGCCCCUGAAACUCUUGGAGUGCGCGGUCGCCGCACACUGCGAGGUCAAGUGCGAAGACCUCACAGAAGCCAGGGACACUGCAACCAGCUUGUGUGAUUGGAAAUUCAUGUGA